CUCUGUUCUUCUUACAGCAAGUACAUGUCACCUUUAAAAGACAAAAAAGCAAACAUUUGUUUAACUAAUUGUAGCAUCCCAAUAAUGUCCAUAUUACUUGUCUGAAUACCAAGGACUUGCUGUUUCUUGAUCUAUUACUAAUAUAACUAGUAAAUCCCAUCUUGGGUUCUUGCAUUCUUGAAUUUUAACCCAAAAAAAAGAAGAAAAGAAGAUGAGUUUUAGAGAAGAGAAAAAUAAUGAAGAUGGAAGAGGAGGAGGUGGGGAUCUAAGGAAACCAUUUUUACAUACUGGAAGUUGGUAUAGAAUGGGUUCAGCACAAACUUCCAGCAUGUUUUUGGGUUCUUCACAAGCUAUUCGUGAUAGUUCAGUUUCAGUUCUUGCUUGUGUUAUGAUCGUUGCUUUGGGUCCUAUCCAGUUUGGUUUCACUUCUGGUUACUCAUCGCCUACACAAACUGCUAUAAUCAAUGAUCUGAAGCUCACUGUAUCUGAGUUCUCUUUAUUCGGUUCUUUAUCUAAUGUGGGUGCUAUGGUUGGGGCAAUAUCUAGUGGUCAAAUUGCCGAGUACAUUGGACGAAAAGGGUCUUUAAUGAUAUCUGCUAUACCUAACAUCAUUGGUUGGCUUUCCAUCUCAUUUGCCAAAGAUCUGUCCUUCUUAUACAUGGGAAGAUUAUUGGAAGGUUUUGGGGUCGGCAUAAUCUCUUACACGGUUCCUGUAUAUAUUGCUGAGAUAGCACCUCAAAACCUGAGAGGGGGACUGGGGUCGGUCAACCAGCUCUCUGUUACAAUCGGGAUCAUGUUGUCUUAUUUGCUAGGACUUUUUGUUAAUUGGAGAGUGCUUGCUGUUCUUGGAACGUUGCCCUGCCUAGCACUGAUACCUGGACUAUUUUUCAUCCCAGAAUCUCCUCGGUGGUUGGCCAAGAUGGGCUUGACAGAAGAUUUUGAAACUUCUUUGCAAGUUCUUCGAGGGUUUGAUGCUGACAUUUCUGUUGAAGUAAAUGAAAUUAAGAGGGCUGUAGCAUCCACAAGCCGAAAAUCAACAAUACGUUUUGCAGAUCUCAAACAAAGAAGAUAUUGGUUGCCUCUCAUGAUAGGCAUUGGACUCCUUGUCCUGCAGCAACUAGGAGGAACUAAUGGUGUGAUCUUCUAUUCCAGUAACAUUUUCCUAUCGGCUGGGAUUUCUUCAAGUAAUGCUGCAACUUUCGGUGUUGGUGCUAUCCAGGUUGUUGCCACUGCUGUUUCUACAUGGCUGGUGGAUAAAACUGGGCGUAGGCUUUUACUGAUUGUCUCCUCUUCUGGAAUGGCUGUUAGUCUCCUUAUUGUCGCUGUUGCAUUCUUUUUGAAGAGUUUCGUAGAUGAGGAUUCGACGCUCUAUGGAGCUCUGGGUAUAAUAUCAGUGGUUGGUGUCGUGUUGAUGAUUGUUGCGUUCUCACUUGGAAUGGGGCCUAUUCCGUGGCUAAUAAUGUCUGAGAUUCUUCCAGUUAAGAUCAAAGGCCUUGCUGGAAGUGUAGCGACGUUAGCCAAUUGGUUCUUUUCUUGGGUAGUUACGGCAACUGCACCACUGCUAUUGGCUUGGAGCAGUGGAGGAACCUUCACUCUUUAUACACUCAUGUGUGCAUUCACUGUGGCAUUCGUGACAAUUUGGGUACCUGAGACGAAAGGGAAAACGCUGGAGGAAAUACAGUUCUCAUUUAGAUGAUAGAAUUCAUGUAUAUUUGCUUUUCGACUACCUAGCUCCUCUUCGUUCUUUUGACAAUAAUCCUUGCCCUUCUGGAAAAGUUUCAAUACCUUAUUAGAAGAAAAUCUAUGAAAAUUGAGUUAGCUAUUCUUUUAUGUACACUAUAUUCAGAAUAAUCUGCUGUUGUAAUUGUAACAUACUUCAUAUUUAUUGGACAAUUUGAGGGCUACUUAAGAAGGAA